GUAGCAGGAUUCGUGCCUGCUGUGGGCCCGCGCCCCUCCGGGGGUUGAUGCGCGGGCGCUGCCGAUGGGGCUUGAUCCGCGAUGGGCGCUGGCGGGGAAGGAUGGGGGCGGAUUGAGUCGCCGGGGCCCGACCUGCGGCCUAGGCCGCUGGGGCAAUGUGAGGGGACUGGCCUCGUGGCGGCCCGGACGGGGCUGGGCUGGCAGCGGCGGGCGCUUGUGCGGGAGAGGGGAGCCCCCCCGAGCUGCGGACGGAGGCCGCCGGUGCAGGCCCGGCGGGGAGGGCAGGGCAGCGCCCCGCGUGUGAGCGCUGCGGCCUGGGCUCCGUGCUGGCGGCCCGGGGUGCCUGCUGAGGCGGGGUUUCCCUUACCGAGACUCGCCUGGGAGCCCUUUUCCCGUGGGAAAUACUCCUGAAAGGUGGCGAGCUGGCAUGUGCCUGCCGCAGAGAUUAGCGCUAGGGCUUCCCCCCCCCCCCCCGCCCACAGCUUCUGCACUAGACUUCAAGAAGUGUUGUGCCAAAUGUAUUGUUGUAGGAUUAAGGGUUACCCGCUCCUCUGUUAAGCUAAUGCUUGGAAGCAGCUGCCAGGCCGGGGAGGGCCAUUUCAUUAUGGGGGAGGUGGAGGUUGUCCCCUGCAGAACAUCUUAUUAGUAGAUGAGGAGACGGCCUUCCCUGUCUCGUGAUCUCUGGGCAAUAGUUAACUUUCUAAGUGUUACAGCUAAAGGCCUCGUGUUAACAAAGUAGUGUGUUAGCUCACUUGGAGUUCCACGUGCCUGCACAUGAUGAAAACUAUGUUGGUAGGGACAUCUGAGAGGGUGAUGAAUACCAACAUAUCUGAGCUGGGCAUGGAGUAGUGUGUGGUGAUGUACCUGGGAUGGCUGAAACGCUGCACAGUCCUUCCUGAGCAGCCAGAGGAAGUUUGGGACUGGUUGACUCUGUGGUUAUGUGCUGGAAUUGAAACUAGAAAAUUAGCAAGUCGGGUGGUUCUGUCCUGCUUAAAAAUAGGAGCUAGCGGUUAUUUUUGUGGCCUUGUCUCUUCAAAGGCCUGAUGUGUAGAUGGCAUCAGUUUAAGAUGCAUCAGCUACACUUUUCGCAUUUACAGCUGCAAAACAGAUCUGCCACAGAGUAUGGGGACCUGAUGCUACUUCACAAGGAUCUGAAUCAUGCACUUGGAAGACUUGCAGAAGAAACAUCACCUGGUGUUGGGAGAUGAAGUGAUAAGCUGUGCAAGGCUGCUCUGGACAGAGGAUGCCUGUGCCUCUAGUUUGAGAAGCUGUUUAACCUGUUACUGAUCUUGGUGCCUAAUUGAAGGCUUCCAGUGUGUUUCUCAUUGGGUGGCUGGCAUGCUGGAGCUGGGAAGUGGUGCAGUUACUAGUGCUACCAGUGAAAGGUGAAGCUGCUGGGGAGUUUGUGUGAGAAACAAGUAACUUAAGUCUGAGGUAAGUGUAGAGUACUUGGAUUUUGGUAAUUACUGGAAUACAUGUCUUUGUGCUAAAUGCCUAGACAGGGGUGCCUAAAAUUAGUCCAAUAAUAAAUCCGAUCUUUCCUUUGUUGUAUUCUUUCUCCUACUCUGCUACUGUGGGAAUAAAAGUGUUGUGCUUGAAGGAAGAAUGCACUUCUAUGCAGUUCUGAAUUUGACUUGAAAAAGGGCUGCUUUUGUGCAGAUCCCCUGACAAUUCCUGAACUGUGGUCAAUGGUGAAUUUGAGUUGUUUGUAUGAACAGAAGGUGUGGCCUCAAUGACUAAAAACUGUGUUUAUUGCUGGUUUUCUUCACACAAUGGAAAUAGUAAAGGAGCUGGAUCAGUGGAGACCACUUAGUCAAUACAUUGUUGAUUAUGUAGUAGCGCAAAACGCAUCAGCAAAUGUAACUCUGACAACUCACAUCCGAUGUAUCCAAUUAGUCUGAACCGACCCUGUAAUGCUGCACUUAAACUAAAAAGAAGACACAACCCUAUAUGCUGUGGUUGUCACUACCCAGGAUUUUUUGCUGAUCUUGGUUACAUUGGCCAUAUACAAAUUUAAGAUUAAGUUGUAAUGAUUACUGCACAAACUUGUUUCCUCCAACAAGCCUGGCUUUCCUGUCUAUAGGUUUUCAAGAUGAUUUCUAUGGGACUUCUGUUUUAGGUAUCAAAACUCAGUGGAUACAGCUAUGUUGGGGAGAGACAGUAUCAAAAAACUAGUAACAUUGUAAUUUUCCCCAGUUAUUCCAGUAUUAGUAAUUUAGUAUUUCCAAUCUAGUUAGGAUUUGUAAACUUUGUAUUUGGUGUUGGGUGUUGCAAGCUGAAGUUCUUGUCAGCUGCCAGCUGAAACGUAGCCUCUUUGUAGAUAAAAUUGGUUUGGUGAGUAGAAUUUCAUAGAUGAGUAAUUUAACUUGGAUAUAGUGAUGUCCGUUAUUCUGAAACAACUUCUUUUUCAGGAAAGGACUGUGCUGUCUGCAACCUCAUUAGGUAGGGAGGCAACUUCAAAACCACUGUAUAAAAAACUGAGAAGCUCAAUGACACCCGGAAAGAAGCUGCAGGGUCUUGUAGCUGCUACAGUCACUCCAAUGACUCCUGAUGGACAAAUUAACCUUUCGGUGAUUCGUCAAUAUGUGGAUUAUCUGGUAGGGGAGCAGAAUGUGAAGAACGUUUUUUUGAAUGGCACAACAGGAGAAGGACUGUCCCUUAACAUCCAGGAGAGGAAGCAGUUGGCAGAAGAAUGGAUACACCAAGGAAAAGACAAAUUGGAUCAUGUGAUCAUUCAUGUGGGAGCACUGAGUCUGCCAGAAUCCCAAGAGCUGGCAAGACACGCAGCAGCCAUAGGUGCCAGUGGUAUUGCUGUAAUAGCCCCCUUCUUCUUCAGACCCGCAAACAAAGAUGAACUGACUGCUUUCUUACAGAAGAUUGCGUCUGAAGCCCCUGAGGUUCCAUUUUAUUACUAUCACAUUCCUUCUCUGACAGGUGUGAAGAUUCGCGUUGAAGAGUUGCUGGAUGGCAUAAAAGAGCAGAUCCCCACCUUCCAGGGAGUGAAGUUCAGCGACACGGACCUCUUGGACCUUGCACAGUGUAUAAACAAGAAUGAGAGAGAGCAGUUUGCAUUCCUGUAUGGGGUGGAUGAGCAACUGUUGAGUGCACUGGCAAUAGGGGCAAACGGAGCAGUUGGAAGUACGUACAACUAUUUGGGCCGAAAAACCAAUCUGAUGUUGCAAGCCUUUGCAAAGCCAGACCUUGCAUUAGCACGGAAGUAUCAGUUUCUCACUGGGGAAUUUCUCAACUUUGUCAUCAAACUAGGUUUUGGUGUUGCACAGACUAAAGCUGUAAUGACUUUUGUUUCUGGCAUUCCCAUGGGACCUCCACGGCUUCCACUUGUUGAUGCCUCUGAGGAGUUCAUCAUCAAGGCCAAAGCCAAGCUGGAUAGCAUUAUGUGGCCUGAUGGCAAUUGAUGUUCUGGAAGUGGAGGCUCCUUUUCUGAGUUGGACUGUCACAUGGCACGUUCCCCAUGCGAUGGGCUGCAAUUUCUUUCAGGGAAUUGGCAAUGUGCCUGAGCCCUUUCCCGUUAGGACUGGCUCUGUUGGUGCACAUCUAGCCACCUUUUUGCACAACUGUUCCCCUGGAGCUCUGCACAUUGCAGGACUAGGUGGUUUCUUUUAAUAAAAAAUAAGCAAAUUUUCCCCAAUUGGAGGAUACUGACUCCUUUUGUCUAGAAAGAAGGAAGAUCUGUCUCCAGCCUCCCUACAGCUAGAUUAUGUCUUGUCCAAGGGAGACGUUCAUGAGCACUACACUGAGUGUUUAAACCACGGAGUGACACCGCCUGGUUGUUCGUACCGCUAUCCCACUGUCUGUGAGAAUCACUGGGACACUUGACUGUGCAUGUAAAAUCCUGCUGUUGCCUUACCGUGUUUAUACACCUUUACUUGAUGCAAAAUUAAAAGCAACCUUUUGCAACAGAAA